CUCCUUUUGACUUCAUCAUCUCAUGAGAAAAGAAAAGUGGGCUAAGAUGGUGGGUGAACAACCAUUCCUUGGAUGGCGGUCCCCCGGAACAGGCACACGCUGUUUGGUCCAUUGACUGGCACUCACGAGCGCCAACCUCUCAGGGAACAAUUGGGACAGGAAGUGAGCAAGGAAAGUUUCUUUCACUCACAGGAAGCCUGGCAAAGUCGACAGUAGCUCCAGAGACAAACACACUCAAAGAGAUACGCACACUCUUCAAGACAGGAGUUUUUUAACUGAAGAAAUAAAAUAACCCCAAUAUGCCCAAUUGGGUUUCCUUUGUUUGGCUAACUUCCUGCAGAUGAGAGCAGAUACAGCAGAAUCGGAUAUUUCACCACUUCCUUCUUCUGAAAUAUUGCGGGGCUUUGGUUACUCACAUCAGCACCUGGUAUUCUUCUUAUCUUCUUAUUCUGCUUCCCACGCCGCACAGCCACAUAACCCAGAAGGACACAGAAAAAAGAAAAUGAACGACUCACUCGCCAAUACCUCCAUCAAGUGCGUCCUUGAUAUCAGCGUGACCUCGGUCGUGUUCCCCGCCCUGUACAGCAUCCUCUUCAUACUCGCCCUUCUGCUCAAUUCAGUGGCGGCAUGGAUCUUCUUCAGCAUCCCCAGCAAGUCCACAUUCAUGGUUUUUCUGAAGAAUGUGGUGGUGGCUGAUUUGUUAAUGACCUUGACCAUCCCCCUGAGGGUCUUAAGCGACGCCGGCGUGGGUGCGGGUCCUCUGCGGGCCUUCCAUUGCCGUUACUCAGCCGUUCUCUUCUACAUCACCAUGUACAUCAGCAUCAUCUUGCUCGGCCUCAUCAGUAUGGACCGCUACCUGAAGAUAGUCAGGCCCUUUGGCAAGGGGCCCCUGCAGCGGGUCUGGGUGGGCCAGGCCCUGAGUGUCACUGUGUGGGUGGUCAUGUUGUCUUUAGCACUGCCCAAUGUGAUUCUAAGUGACCAACCGCCAAAGUACUCUAGCGGACGCAUCAAGUGUACCUCGAUGAAGAGCCGGGCCGGCUUAUUUUGGCAUGAAGGAUUCAACUACUUCUGUCAGGUGAUCUUCUGGGGAACGUUGGCCCUGAUGGUGUUCUGCUACACAUUCAUAAGCAAGAAGGUGUAUGAAUCAUACAAAGCCUCAAAAAGCAGCUCUGGGGCAGCCACCCGCAAAACCAAAGCCAAAGUCUUCGUGGUGGUUGCCGUCUUCUUUGUCUGCUUCGCCCCCUUCCAUUUUGCCCGCGUUCCCUACACUCUGACACAGACCCGCAAUGCCAUCACUCAGUGCCGGGCGAAGAACGGCCUCUUCAUUGCCAAAGAGACCACGCUGUGGCUGUCGGCCACCAAUGUGUGUCUUGACCCGCUCAUUUACCUGUUCCUGUGCAGUGUGUUUCGGAAGAGACUCACGGCCACGCUCAGAAGAAAGCCUCUCCACAGAGGAGACUCCCCCACUGCCACGUCCACACAGCUGGAUAUGUUGCAAAUGACAAACAAAGUGGUGAAAAAUGAUCCAGCAAAAUAACACAAUGGACCUACCUAACAUGUCCAAUAUGUACAUAUGUCUAAUAUUUUGUAGUUAGAAAUACUGCUUUGAAAAUGGCGGGGACCUUUAAAAAAAAAAAAAGAGGGCAAUUGGUCAAGCCUUAAUAUGUUGGCCACUUCUGACAAAACUGCCACUGUGGCAACAUCCAUGCUACUCUAUUCUGGGUCACCAUUGUUCACAAGCAUUUAGUUUAAUUUAUGUGAUGUCUAAAGCAUGCCUCUUGCUGCCUUUACAAAGGAUGCUGAUUGGUUUGUUCAUUUAUUUAACAGUAUUGAUGUAAAGGGAACGUAUUAUAGAAAACUGACUUUUUCAUUGGCUGUGUAGACAUAUGUGGGUCUCUGGAGUGCCACGUAGUAUGUGCACGCAACUUAAUUUUCCAACAUUUUCAGAAACUUAUCAUAAAGUAAGCCAUUCAGGUUUUGGCUCUUUUGUGACAUCACAGGCAUUCAAAUAAUACCAUGAAGAGAAGCAAAAUACACAAACCGACGAUUGUGUCAACAAACAAAAGAAACUGUUGGCUGCACGUAUUAGCAUUAGCUACGGAAUUGCAACACAUAAGGAUGAGAUCAAAUUACAUAUUAGUAGAUCACAACUUCAGGUACCACAGCCACACUCUAUACUCCAGAGCAGAAAUGGGUGGGAUGAACACCGGCUCAUUGGCAUGAGACUGGACCGACCCCAAAAUUGACUGAUUUUAACAGGGUAUUUAAGUGAGUGAAAAGUGUGCUGUAAUUCUUGAACGUUCAAGUAUUUUGAUCAAAGUAUGUCACUUUUUAUGAAAGACAUCCAAUACAGCUAUUUCAAUUUGUGUAAAAACAGCUAAAUAAAGCUCAGCAAGUUGGAUAUUUGAAAUCAACACGAGCUUCAUGGAUAAAUAGAUGCAACAAACAGUGCGGGAGAUCAUGACAGUGCAACAGUGACCACGCUGUUCCUGCCACACAACACAAAUGUUUGCCAAGUCAUUGGAUGCAUGAUGUCAAGCGCACUCAAUGUCGUUGUCAACUUCCUGAUCUCUAAUCUCCUUGAAUUGACACUUCUCCCUCUGUAAACUCCCAAAAAAACCAACUAUUUAUUCAGCACUUACUGCUAACUGCUCCUGCUAAGCAAACUCACUGCUUACUGGCGAGAAAAAAAUGCACCAUUUUAUGUUUUUUUUUCCCCAAUGAUUUUUAUGUUUCUAGUUCACACAGAAUAGGGGAAACAAACACCGACAAUUGGAUUGGAUUAGAGAAAACUUUAUUGUCAAAUGUAGUGUAUGUGGAACAUACGGCACAGAUGAAAUUUCUUCCCUCUCAACAUAAAACAAGAGGAGCCGCUGCGGAUGUCUAUCAAUUGUGCCUAAUCCGAAUAUUUUUCGCCUUAUAGAUAAAAGUCAGCAGAUGCCAGAUUGCCGAAUGUCUCUAAAAACAACUCCUCUGGUGUAGAUUGUGUUAAAGAGUAAUUUUUCUACCCCGGUUGGUUGGGGUCCAACAAUGAUAAAAGUUAAACCUGAUCAAUAUUUACGAUCGCAAUAUCUUGUGUGUGUACAUCCCCACGAUUGUCAAUAAAGGUAUCAUACUUUUUUCUUUCCAGCACCACUUUCUCCCUGAACAAUUUUUAGGGAAUUUAUUAACUACUUGUGGAAGGAUUAAUGUUACCAUUCAUGUGAUAGACAAUCAUGUCUGCAACUGCAUGUAGACUUGAUUAAUGUAUCGUAAUUAUGAAUUAUAAUCUUCCUCCAUUCCACCCCGUAUUGGAUUGACUGCAGAGGCUGUUAUUUGGUCAGGAAAUUAACGAGCUAUUCGCCACGGGCGGUGACGCAGUUACUGGAGCCAGAGGAAAGGCCAUUUGUCACCCACCGAUUAAAUUCUCUGACGGCCGCGACAGUGAGUUAUGAGAAAUUCAAAAUGACAUUCAUGGAAAUUAAAUCAACUCUGUGAUAGCGUUGAUUGGCACCGCAUGCACGGACGCAAAUCGGGGUCAGGGAAGAGUCAAGCCAGGUAGAGGGAAGUGGCAGGAGGCCUGACACUUUCACAUUACUGGCUGCUUGCUUAUUGAGCUUGCGUGUCCCUGCAUGGCUGAAGCAAAAUGGAACAAUGUCUGUGUUCAGUGGUUCUUAAAUAUGGGUCCCUGGAAGCCCUGGGAAUAAAUUUCAUCUGUGCUGUAUGUUACACAUACACUACAUUUGACAAUAAAGUUCAUCCAAUCCAAUUAUUAGCUAUGUUGUAUAAUAUAAAAAAGUUCAAACCUAUGUAUGGGCAUUCGAAUCCAAAACCAAUUGUUCCUCUCUACCUUAGCUUUGGGCCAAUCUACUCAAUCAUGACAGCUGUUUUCAAAGUAGAGUCAGUGGACUGCAAAGGGCCAUGGGUGACAGAUGGUCCCAGCAUACACCAGAGGUCCAGGCAUCCACAGAUCAUGAACAGAAUCUGUUUCGAGAAAUAUGUCAUGGAUAACACAAAUUGUACUAUGCGUUGAAGUAAUUUGAUUGUCAUAAAGUUGUCAAGUUUAUAACACUGUUCAAAUGUUAAUUGGCAAGCCAUGGCCAAGGGAAUGAAUAAUAUGUCUCAAUAAAUUGCAAAGCCUUACAGAUGUCAAA